AUGGAAAACGAUAAGCUAAAAGAAAUAAACGAAGAAGAUAAUAAAAGAGUAUUAAUUUUACACAGAAAUUAUAGAGAGGGUUUAUUUGAAAAUAGGUUAAGAUUUGAGUGUGAAUUGGAGUUUGUACAAUCGUUGAGUAAUAUGGACUACAUAAAACAUCUGUAUGAUAAUAAAUACUUUAAUGAUAAAAAUUUUUUGAAUUAUUUAAAAUAUUUAAAUUAUUGGAGAAGUAAGCCAUAUAUUUUUUAUAUUCGUUUUCCCAUUUGUUUAUACGUUUUAGAAAUAUUAAAUGACAGUAAAAUAAAUGAAUAUCUCAAGAACUCAAAUUCAUUUAGCAAUUUUAUAUAUUAUUUAAAAUUACACUGGUUAUUUUUCAACUACCAAACUUAG